AUGAAGCCGUUUGUGCUGUGGAUGACGGGCCUGCCGUGCUCUGGCAAGUCCACGCUGGUUCGGGAACUUCGGAAGGAUGUGCCGAAUCUGGCCAUGCUGGACGGGGACGAGCUCCGCGAGUGGUUCUCACCCAAGGACUUUACAAAGAAUGGACGAGACGAGCACAACAGAAAGGUGGCCCACCUGGCAAAGCUUCUGCUCAGGCAUGGUGUUCCCAGCGCGGUAUCGCUGAUAUCCCCCUACAAGGAGAACAGGAGCGACGCUAGGGGCAUCAUAGACCAAGGGGAGCAGUUCCUUGAGGUGUAUGUGAGGUGCUCUCUUGCGGAGUGCGAGAAGCGCGACGUAAAGGGAAUGUACGCCAAGGCCAGAAGGGGCGAGAUAACCAAGUUUACCGGCAUUGAUGACCCGUACGAGGAGCCGGACAGCCCCGACAUGUUGCUUGACACGGAGCACGAGACCCUUCAGGAGACUGUGACCAAGAUCAAGGACAGCCUGAGAUCACGGGGCCUCUUUGAGUAG